AUGAAUCAAAGCAGCGAAGGAUGUAUGAAAAAGAUUAGCAGUGUGAAUCUUGACAAACUUAUAAAUGACUUCUCACAGAUAGAAAAGAAAAUAAUAGAAACCAGUGGAAAGAACAAUAUACUGGAUAUGCAGUUGGAAAAAGCUAACUGUUUAUUAAAAGUAAUGCAGACAAAGGAGGUCGCAAUUAAAGAAGAAUGUGCUACUCUUCAUAAUAUGAUAAAAGGGCUACAACAGACCAUUGAAUAUCAACAUAACUUGAAAGGUGAAAAUGAACAACUAAAAAGAAAUGCUGAUCUUAUGAAAGAAAAGUUAAAAUCUCAAGAAAAGGAAUAUAAGAAUAAUAUUACCAAACUUAUGAGUGAAAUGAAAAUCAAAGAGGAGGGAUAUAAGAUAGAAAUAGCAAAACUUUAUCAAGAUAUGCAGAAAAAAGCUGAAUUAAGUGAAGAAAAGAAUAAAGAACUGAUAGAGAAAAAGGAGGUGGAAAUAUCAGAGUUAAAUGCAAAGUUAAGAACUCAAGAAAAGGAAAAACAAAGUGAAAUAAUCAAACUACAGCUAGAAUUUGAUGCCAAACUAGCAAGAGUUCAAACUACAUCAAAAUCAUAUGCAGCUUCUACUGUUCUGCCACACAGCAUCUACAGGAGGAAGCUUCAACAUCUUCAAGAAGAAAAAAACAAGGAGAUUGCGACUCUUCGUAAUACCAUUCAUGAUUUAGAACAACGCCUCUCUGUCAGCAAAGAUUCUCAACUUAAAUUUGUUGGCAAAGAUUCUCAGUUUAAGCGUAGACGGUUUUGAGCACAGAAGUAAA